AUGAGUCCAAAGGUUAUUAUCAUUACAGGUGCAUCCCGUGGUAUGGGAAAGACAAUGGCAGAAGUCUUGAUUAAAGAGUCGCCAGAUGUCAGACUCACAUUGGUUGCACGGUCUGGAGACAAAUUAAAAGAGUUCUACGAUAGUUUAGACAAGAAAGAUCAAGAAAGAGUCCACUACGUGGCAGGCGACCUAAGCGACGAGGCUACAAUGGACAGGUUGAUCUCCGAAACCGUUUCUAAGUUUGGAAAGAUCAAUUCUAUUAUUUUCAACGCUGCAGUUUUGGAUCCAAUUGGCCACAUCGAUCACCUAGAUACCAAGGCAAUGAGAAAGUUAUUUGAAGUUAACUUCUUCUCCUUAGUUGAGCUAACACAGAAGCUAAUUCCUGAAUUAAGAAAAGCAGCAAAGGAGGACGGAAUUCCAUCUGCUUGUGUUUAUGUCUCAUCAAGUGCCGCACAUAUGGCGUACGAUGGUUGGCUCGCAUAUGGUGCAAGUAAAGCAGCUGUUAACCACUUGGCAUUAGAUUUGGCAUCAGAGGAAGGCGGUCAUAUCAGAAGCAUAAGUAUUGAUCCGGGUGUUGUUGAUACUAACAUGCAAACAAACAUUAGAAAUGUUUUAGGUAAGAACAUGAAUUCAGAGGCACAUGAAAUGUUCAUUGGUCUUCAUGAAAGCGGUAAAUUAUUAAAGCCAGAGGUUCCAGGUGGUGUUUGUGCAUUGUUAGCAUUGAAGGGUGUUGCGCAAAACUUAAACGGAAAGUUCUUAGAGCACUGCGAUAAAGAGUUGGCUGAAUAUCAGUAUGUUAAAUAG